ACCUCAACCAAACACGACGAACACGGCGGCGGCGGCGGCAUCGUCGUCGUCGUCCCAAAACCCUUCCUUUCCUUUCUCUCCUCCCUCUCUCGAGCUGCGGCUGCGGCUGCGGCUGCAUACCCCACUUCGCCCCUCCCUCCGCCAGCCAUGGACGACAUCGACGCCAGGUACGAGGUCACCCGCACGGCGGAGUUCAUCCGCGGCCGCGCCUACACCAGGGUCGCGCUCCAGUUCCCGGACGAGAUGCUCCGGGACGCGGCGGCGGUGGCGCGGGCGCUGCGGCGGGAGCUAGCCGCCGGCGGCGGCGGAGGAGGAGGGGUGAAGCUGUUUGUGAUGGCUGACACGGCGUACAACUCGUGCUGCGUCGACGAGGUCGGCGCGUCCCACAUCGACGCGCAGUGCGUCGUCCACUACGGCCACGCCUGCAUGAGCCCAACAUCCAAUUUGCCAGCGUUCUUUGUGUUUGGGAAGUCACCAUUGGAUACCAACGCUUGUGGCCGUUCAUUGUUAGAGUGCUUGCGAGAAAGUGAUAAACGUAUCCUGGUUUUAUAUGGAUUAGAGUAUGCACAUGCAUUGAGUGAUCUUAAAAAAGUAGUUGUGGAAUUAUACAAAUCACAUUCUUGCAGUGUUGAAGUCCAGUAUGCAGACGUUCAGUGUUCAGUUAUGAGCCCAAGCCCUGCUGCAGAAAGGGAACAUACUCAAUCUGAUGGAAACACUUGUGGUGAUGAUUUAUCUAUACAAAGUGAUGGUGUAGCAACAUUUGUUAAUAAUUGUUGCGAUGUGGAAGGAUCCACACGAAAGUAUAGCCUUGGAGGGCUAACAUGGGCUAUAUCCAUAGAUGAUAAUAUGGAAGACUAUUUGUUAUAUUGGAUAGGACAAGAUAACUCAGCAUUUGCCAACAUUGUGCUUACCUUCAAUAAAUGUGAUAUAGUUAGGUAUGACUCGGUAGCAAAUCAACCAUCAAGGGAUGUAUCUCAUCUGAUGAAAAUUCUUAGACGCAGAUAUUACCUUGUGGAGAAGGCAAAGGAUGCAAGUAUUGUUGGCAUUUUGGUGGGGACCCUCGGUGUUGCUGGUUAUCUUCACAUCAUUGAGCAAAUGAAAGAUCUGAUCAAGGCUGCUGGAAAGAAAUCUUAUACGUUGGUCAUGGGCCGGCCUAAUUCUGCAAAACUUGCUAAUUUCCCUGAGUGUGAAGUGUUUGUUUAUGUUUCAUGUGCCCAAACUGCUCUAUUGGAUAGCAAAGAUUUUUUAGCUCCAGUCAUUACACCUUUCGAAGCUGUAUUAGCUUUUAGCAGGGGAAGGGAAUGGACAGGAGAGUAUCUUUUAGAUUUCAAGGAUUUGAUCACCACAGAUAAACCAGAAAUUUCAAGCAAAGCCGAAGAAGCACGAUUUUCCUUUAUCAAAGGGGGCUAUGUGGAGGAUAAUGGCCUUGAAGAAAAUGAGGAACAUUCAGAAACAUCACUUGCGCUUGCUGAGGUAACAGAGAAGGCGCUAAGUAUCAAAAACCAGAACAAUGAUGCAGUUCUUUACCAAGGAGGAGCAAGGUCCGCAAUCGACUACCUCAAGGCGCGAUCCUACCGUGGUCUCACUGGACAAUACGAGGGUCCAGCACCAGACUCAGUCUUGACAGGCAGAACAGGGAGAGCUGCUAGUUACAGUCACGAGAAAACGAAGAGCGCAGAAUGAAUUGGGGUUUUUUUCUUUCCUGACUGACAUACUUCAGAUGUGCUUCCACAAGCACGUUGAGGGGUGACUGAUGGGAGAGACAAUUUUGUAUUUGAGAAACUACUGCAAGUCUGUAACUUGUCCAGUUUUGUUGUGAGCUAUGCAUGAUCCGUCGUAUUCCGCGAA